AAUUCACAAAUAAGCUAAAAUUCUCUGAGAAAAUCGUUUGAGUCACCUGUUGUUCAAAGUGCAGGCAGCAAAUGGAUCACUUGACGCCCGGCCAUUUGCAGAUGCAGAGAAAUAUUAACAAGGUAAUCAUGUUCAGCCCAAGCAAUCAUGGCAGGGGAAGUUCAGCAAUCAACAAAGUUAACGACUGUACAAGACUUCGCGUGUCGAAGCGGUGGAGCAUUAAAGAGCGUGUGUGCAUCAGAAUGAGCAUGGAUUCAGCACGCAAACGUGAUGGAGAUCCUGAAAAUUUCUCUGUAAGAAAUUAUGAUAGCUUUGGAAAAAACGAGGGCAUUAAUUAUUCACGUGUUCCAUCCGGAGAAGAGCAGCACGAGGAGGAUUGGCGUUCCUUCAGAGCUCGUCUGGUGCAUGCAAAUUCUAGUAACCAGCAGAGGCCGAGGAAUUUUAAUAGUGUAGAGUGGGCUCAUGAGAUAAAAAGCAUAGAAGAGGGAUGUGUGCUGGUGGCCACCGAGGAAUUGAAACAACAUCCUCUUCUUUCAGAGGCUGUCGUCCUCGUAUUACAGUGGCCACUUAACUCUUCGGCAUGCAAAGGGAUUGUGUUAAACAAGAUGUUUCCUUAUGACACUAGCUCAAUGGAUAUUGUUGACCCGAUGGUAAGGAAUUUAAAUCUUCCUGUGUUUAUGGGAGGGCCUGCAGUUGGAGGACCAGGAUUUGGAUCCAGAUUUCACGUUUUGACAAGAGAAAAAGGAGUUGCAGGCUUCGAGUGCAUUCUGCCAGGGUUGCAUGUGGGGAAUAUGGGAGUCACUUUGCAGAGCGCCAUGAGAAGUGACGUUGCCAUGCGAUUGUAUUUGGGGGAAAUUGAGUUGGAAAAGAGACAUUUGAGAGCUCAAGUUGAGGCAUUUGGAUGGUGGAAAAUCGUAGCUUGUAGUAGAGAAGCUCUUUUUAGCACUAUUUUCUCGACGACUCAUAUGUGGUGCCAUAUAAACCACUUGCUUACCAGUUUAGAAAUUUUUUUAGAAUAUAAUUAAAUGUUGCUGUC